AGGUAGGUUUGGAGAAGGCGCGGGGUUGCGAUCUAACUGGCUGCCGCUGAAGCUGUAAUGCUGCUGAGCUUGUGACUGGGAGGUCACAGAGUCGCCUAUCGGACUGCCGCCUCGGAGUGAGAGCGAUAGAGAGAGAGGGAGAGAGCACAGGGCUGGGUACGUGUGGGUUGGUCAAAGAGGACCCGAACGAGAAGUUUCUGGUGGAGAAUACGAGCCGGCGGUGAAAUGGAAGGUCCGUGCGCCAGGGUUUGAUGCGGCGCUGAGUUGACCUGGAGCCUGUGAGCUGUGUGUUGGAGAAUGUGAAGCGGCGGCUCAUUAAACAAGGAGAAGGCGGAGGUACAUUUUCAAGAUUGAUUUUCUUCACGGAGUGACGUCAGGAAAGUAUCCAAAUGGCUUAGGAGCAAGGUUGAGUAACGCUACGUUUCAAAUGAGGCCAUUUCAAUGGUAGGAUUCCAACAGCAAUUGGUCAAGGACUUCAAGUGGAGAUGUAGUAACCUAAUACAUAGGUGCUAUGAACCUAUGCUUUACCUUCACAAGCUUCAUGACCAAGUAAAAUGCAUUCAGUGCCUAAAUGUACAGAUAAUAAAUCUGCUUCAUUUACUUGUAAAAAAGACUUUCAGAAACCACCUCGACUAUUUUACAAAGCUGAGCGACAACCAAUGAAUUUGCUUGCAACACUGGAGGUCAAAGCAGAACGCAGGUUUAAAUGGAGUGGAUAUAUUUUUGCAUGGAGAGCAAAACUGGGCACCCUGUUUUUGGGUGUAAUAAUACUAUGCCUAGUAAUGGCAUCUUAUAUUUUAACCAGAGACCAACAGAGACUACUGCUCACUCCAUCCCCAUUCCAAUACAGUACCAGCACAAAUAACGAUUUCCUAGAAAUGGACUCGAUAGAAAUUGAGGAUGACGGUGAUGACUUUUCCUCACCAAUAAAUUGGUUGGGAGGCAGCAAUUAUUUAAAAACUGAACUCAUUAUCAAAACCCGCAAUUCCAAACUUCAGCUCAUGCCAAGAAGACUGCCAGAGUGGGAUGAUCUUGUCAAACAAGAAGCACAUAUAUUUUCAGUCGUUCCAACGAAUUUCCUUCAAAAUGUAAAGAAUCAUUGUUGGCAUACAAGAUAUACGGAGCCUGCAUCCACGGACCCGUACAAGAAUAAUGCAUAUUUUUUACACACAAAGCAUUUCCAGAUGACAUUUGAUUACCUGCGAAAGGUAAUUUGGAAACAUUUGCACCACCACGGCGGUGAACAUUACCGCCUCCGCUGUCUUCCUUACUUCUACAUAAUAGGACAGCCAAAGUGUGGGACUACUGAUCUGUAUAACAGACUUAGACUGCAUCCUGAAGUGAGCUUUUCCAUAGUCAAAGAACCUCACUGGUGGACAAGAAAAAGGUUCGGGAUCAUUCAGCCCUGGAAUGGGUUCCAUGGCCGUUAUCUAAUUGAAGAUUACCUGGAUUUGUUUGAUCUGGCAGCACAUAAGAUUCAAAGUCAGAUUGCCAACUCAUCUGUUGAACACCAAAUUAGCAGCAAUAUGGUUAUUGGUGAGGCAAGUGCUUCCACAAUGUGGGAUAAUAAUGCGUGGCAGAACUUCUAUGGUCGCACGGCUAACAGCGAGCCGCCAUAUUUAAUUCAGGACUUCCUGCAUGCAGUUCUGCCAGCUGCUAAACUUAUUGUUAUGUUGAGAGAUCCUGUUGAGAGGCUGUAUUCUGAUUACUUGUACUUCAUAAGUGCUAACAAAUCUGUGGAGGAUUUUCAUGAAAAGGUAAAAGAUUCGCUGCAGCUAUUCAACGGCUGCCUGAUGCACUCUUCUCUUCGAUCCUGUGUGUACAACUGCACCGUAAACUCCGCCAUGCCUGUACGAUUGCAGAUCGGGUUAUAUGUUGUCUUUGUGUGGGACUGGUAUUCAGUAUAUAAUCCAAACCAAUUCCUUAUUCUACGGCUGGAAGAACAUGCGGCUGAUUUGAAGAACAGUAUGAGCCGGGUCUUCAGAUUCUUGAACUUGGGAAAUUUGACAGAGAAACAGGAGGCAACCAUUAUCAACAACCCUGCAUCCAAUACCAGACGUCCAAAAGACAAAAGCCUUGGGCCCAUGUUACAAGAAACGAGGAGGAUUCUCAAGGAUUUCUACAGACCCUUUAAUGAAAAGCUGGCUUUGCUACUUAACAAUGAUUCUUUCUUAUGGGAAAAAUAAAUACAGACCAAAUUCACAAAGCUGUAAAAUAUUAACUUUUAUACACUUUAUGGUUCUGGAAUAUUCAACAGUACAUUGAUGGUAGGGUUCAAAAAUUAGUUUUCUAAGUUUAUUUUUAAACUCUUACAUGAAGACUUGUUCAAAAUUCAUCAAGUGGCUUGUUUAAAGUUUAACUCCCCCUCCCACAAUCAUAAUGAGGAACAUUUCCACAUGCCUUCAUUUAAUCUUUCCAUGAAAUAUUAAUAUUUGACUGUGAUAAGUUCAAAUUCUUUAGCCUGUAUAUUUUUUUAAAAUGUAAUCUCUAUGUGAUUUUCAAUAUUUUGUAGGUUUCAAUUACACAUGUAUUUGGUAAAACUGAUUUUUUUCAUAAUGUCUUUUGAUAUUGCUGCCAAACAGAAAUAAUAAUGAAAUUUAAAUAAUGGUGCCUACAUUAGUCUUCCAGUAACUUAUAUGCCAUAAUUAUAAUUUGCUAUUAAUUACGAGUUCCUAAUUUUGUCUUUUUUAUAAUUUUAUCUCCAGUUUGAGAAGGAUAAUCUCUGACAAUUGUGUUGAUCAAACAUUAUUUUCCUGUUCUAUUCUUUGCAGGUUCUCAACCAAACAAUUAAGUUGUUUUGUAUUGUGCGGAAAGGAACUUCAGAUGGUGGUAUAUACCAAAAGUAGACACAAAAGUGCUGGAGUAACUCAGCGGGGCUUUCAGCAUCGUUUGAAGAAGGGUCCCGUCUCAAAAUGGCACAAUUUCUGUCAAAAUUCCAGAGAUGCUACCUGACCUGCUAUUUACUCCAGCACUAUGUGUCUUAAUUGUUUUAUACUGUUUGCUUGUAGAUAGAUAGAUUUAAUUUCCAUGCCUAGGGGCCAAGAAGGGCAAAAUCUGUUUUUUUUUUACCUGGGUUCAGGUGCAUGAGAAACCUACUUUAAUGUGAGGCACCCAGAAAGUUGUUACAAGCAGAAGCUUUUACCAUGUGUUAUUGGAAGAAUACAAGCUUUGCUUUUACGGGGAAGUAACUUUCUGUUCACAUUGCAAUGUUAGGAGCAGCAGUGCCCUCUAUUGUUAGAAGUUCCUGAAUGGAAAACACAUUCAAUUUUACUCAAUGUAUACCAGCUCAAAAUAGCUCAUAUUUGUCAUCCAAAAAGAAAAUUUUGGAAUUAAAUUUCAAAUUUCAUCAGAAA